AUGGAAACAUCAAUGGAUAUUGUAAUUUGUCUCGAUUGUACAUCAUCCGUUGCUUCUUUUAUUUGUCAAGUUCGUGAUCGAAUAUGGUCGAUCAUUGAACCAAUUAUUGAAAACAAAAAUGAUAUUCGCUUAGCAUUAAUCGAAUUUCGAUCACAUGAUGAUUCUUGGGUUACUGUUAUUCAUCCAUUUACACAUUCAGCACGUUUAUUUCAAGAUUGGCUUAGUAAUACUCAAGCUGAAGGAGGUAGUCAAGAUGGAACAAGAGCUAUAAGUGAUGCUCUUCGUGAAGCUCUUAAACUUGAAUGGCGUUCAAAUGAUCCUGAUCGAUGGCAUGAAAAACUCAUUAUAAUGAUUACCGGUGGUCCUCCAUGUGGUCUUUUAACUGAUUUACCAACAGAAAUGCAAAUCAAUGAUUGUCCAUAUGAUACUAAUGAUCUCUGGAUAAUGUCUGAAGAACUUGUCAAAGAAAAUCUCACAUUAGCAAUUGUAGGUAUUGAACCAAGUGUAAUUGUAUGUGAUGAUUUUUAUGGUGCAUUAGCUAAGAAUACCGGUGGAGAAUAUAUUCCGUUAAUAAAUGCUAGUCAUAUACUUUCGUCAAUUAUUCAAUCAGUUAUUAUUGAAGAAGAUACAUUAUUACAACAAUUUCGUCAUAUAGAUAUAAAUGAAAUUGAAAAAAAUUCUUUAUAUCGUCAUUCAUAUGUACAAAAACGUGCACAAUCUAUGGUUGAACAGUGUCAAACAAUGGCUGAUAUUCGAAAUUGGUUAAAAAAUCAUCCUGCGCGAAGUCAUUAUUGA